CGUGUUCUGGGUCUAAUUGCGCUGGUCUCAGUGUGCUGGGUCUAAGUGUUCUGGGUCUCAGUGUGCUGGGUCUAAGUGUUCUGGGUCUCAGUGUCCUGGUCUAAGUGUUCUGGGUCUCAGUGUUCUGGGUCUCAGUGUCCUGGUCUAAGUGUUCUGGGUCUCAGUGUCCUGGUCUAAGUGUUCUGGGUCUCAGUGUUCUGGGUCUCAGUGUUCUGGGUCUCACUGUGACCCCUCAGAGACCAGGAUGAAGCUGCUGCUCUCGGUUCUCUCCCGGACCCACAGAUCAGCUGUUGGCUCCAAACACUUCCGGUCUCUGAGCCUGUCUCCUCUCCGGGGUCACGCGCUGGUGGUCGGCUCUAGUCCGGAGCUCGUGCAGAGACUGGGUGCGCAGGUGGAGGUGAGGACCAGCUUCAUCACUGAGGAAGAGGAGGGGGUCUUUCUGCAGGAGCUGGAUCCGGGUCUGAAGAAGAAACGCUACGAGUUCGACCACUGGGACGAUGCGAUCCACGGGUACAGAGAGACGGAGAGAGCGAGGUGGGGGUCGGCGUGUGAGGAGGUCUUGAACCGCGUCCGCUUCGCCGCAUUCCCUCAAGACAGUCAGCUCCUCGGACCGGUGCACGUUCUAGACCUGGACAAGACCGGAUUCAUCAAGCCUCACAUCGACAGCGUCAAGUUCUGUGGGACCACCAUCGCCGGACUGAGUCUCCUGUCAGACAGCAUCAUGCGCUUGGUGAAGGAGGACGCCCCUGGUGAAUGGCUGGACCUGCUGCUGCCCCGACGCUCCCUCUACAUCCUGAGGGACGAGGCCCGGUUUAACUUCACUCACGAGAUCCUGAAGGAGGAAGACUCUGAGUUCAACGGACUGAAGGUUCCCCGACAGCGCCGCAUCUCUGUCAUCUGCAGGAACCUUCCAGACUCUGAGAGAACAGAACCUGAACUCUGAGACUGUGUCUGUUAUCUCUGACAUUAAGCUUCUCCUCAUGUUCAGUUAAUAAACUGUAUUUAAUGAAAGUGUCGCCUCCCUGCUGUGUGACCUGUGACCUGUGACCUGUGACCUGUGACCUGGGACCUGUGAGGGUCAGGACGUCGGGCUCUAAAGAACCCUGCAGUGACGUGCUCCACAGCUUCAAUGUUUCAGGGAUCAGAACCAGGAGAACGAGCCGUGAGCUGUUUACACUGAAGGUCCUGCUCAGGUCUGAAUGAACCUUUCACAAUAAGAGCGUGGUCUGGAUCCAGUCUAAAUAUAAUCUCAGGAACAAUCACUGCAGGAGGGUUUGAUAUCCAUAAAUCAUUUCAUUAUGCAAAUGUUGAUCCACCAUUAAAGAGAUCUGUUUAACAUUA